CAGAAAGGGAGUCACGUACUUUCACAUUGGACCAACAUUGUUUCCAAACAGCGGUGGCGGUGUGCUUGUGAUACGGCGACGCAGACGUAAAAGAAGAAGAAGAAGAAGGGGUAAAGACGGACAAAAACCAAGCGGAAGUAGGCUAGGAAAGCUCUCGAAAAGGGUUUGAAUCGGUUUGAGUCCGUCGUCGAGGCCGCCCGGUAAAAAGAGAAAGAAAUGGUGAAGAUAUUUGUGGGGAACCUGCCCCGGGAGGCGGACCAGGAUGAAAUCAAGGCACUUUUUACACAGUAUGGCACAGUCACAGAGUGUGCCAUCAUCAAGAACUACGCCUUCGUUCACAUGGAUGACCGUAAGGCCGCCACCAAAGCCAUCAAGAACCUGCACCUACACAAGCUUCACGGCACACCAAUCAACGUGGAGGCCAGCCAUGGGAAGAACCAGGGUUCAGUCAAACUGCAUGUAGCCAAUGUUGAAAAGGGAGCUGAUGACGAGCUCCGUGCUCUUUUUGAAGAGUACGGCACAGUCACAGAGUGCGCUGUUGUUAAGAAUUUUGCCUUUGUACACAUGUCCAACUCGGACGAGGCCAUGGAUGCCAUCCAGGGUCUGGACAACAGUGAAUUUCAAGGCAAACGCAUCCAUGUCCAGAUUUCUAAGAGCCGCCCAAGACAUGACGAACGGGACGACUACCCCCCUCCUCCCCCAGACAGGGGUGGCUAUUGGCCUCCGCGCUAUCCAGGAGAGAGGCACGAGCCUCCCCCACCCAGCUACCUGCGAGGCCGCCUCAGCCAUAUUCCCCCAGGUUACCCUGCCCCUCCUCUGCCACCCCCGCCCCCUAGACGAGCUGUUUAUCCUGACCGUCCCUAUGAGGGUGAGAGGGACAGGUAUGGCGUGGUAGAUUACUAUGAGAAGUACAGAGCCCGUCCGUAUGGCAUCGCCUCCUACGAGGACCAACGUGCUGGCGCCCCUCCUCCUCCCCCUCCCCCCUCAGCCGUCGUCCGAGACCGCCUUAUGCCCUCGUCGCUCGACCCGUAUGAGCGUCGCCCCCUCCCACCUCCUCCGUCCCCGUACUACAGCCGAGAUCGCAGCCCCCUCAGGAGAGCACCUAGCGCGCCAAUGCCCCCCGCCAGUAAUGGCUACUCCUACGAGCGCUCCCGACUCUCUCCGGUUUCCCGGGUCCCUGCAUACGGAGUUCCACGCGCAAGGGACCCCUACGCAGAACGUCUGCCUCCGCCACCGCCUGCACGCUACGCUUAUUAAGCAAGGCCCUGGCAUGUGAAGGAUUGUCGUCCGACUGCGUCGCCGCUCGCCGCCUCCUGAUGCACGUGACACUAUCCUCUUCCUGUCUGUGGCUGAGCGCGUUACGUUCGCCUGCGACGCUCACAGGAGGAACUGAAUUGCCGACGUCCACGUCUGUUUAUGUUUUUAUUAUUUUGGGACAGGUUUUACACUCGCAUUUUUUUUGCCCUGAUUGUUUUAGUUUGUUAUUGUGCUGUAGUAUUUUUAAAUGCUUGACGUCUGAGUUAGGCGUUUUCUUUUCUUUUAAUUUGUACUUUUACGUUUUGAAUAACUAGUGUUCUGAUGUUGUGUGUGACCUUAGAGAGCUGAAGAAUUUCAGCAGCAGUUUUCUAGGCGAUACUUGUGACUGUAGAUUUAACUGAACUGAUUGUUUGGUAUUAAAUCUAAUCUGCACGUUGAUUCCAUCAUGUUAUCCAUCGAAAAAAAAAAACCAAACCUUCAUGUGGCGUUGCUGUGAAAACUUAAAACUGCUAAGACGUAGGGGUUUGACAAAUGUAGAAAGUAACUGUUAAUAGAACAGUUACCGCAAGGCGUUCACAUGUACCUUUCCAUUGUCGAACUUGUUUUUAAUAAACGGAUUUGUGCAGUACUGUUCACAGAUGUGCUCAAAAUCAUGCCCAGCGCUAAAGCACCUCAUCAGUGUAACCGCUUGAAUUGAUUCGCAUACUCUGCUAGGGUCUCUCUCGAAAAAAAAAAAAAUCAG